GCUCAAAAAGAGCUACACUCGCAGACAGUAUAAUAUUAGCAGCUUGUAAAGUUAGAACAUUUUAAUUUAAUUAACGUUCUAUUUAAUAGCAAAGAACCAAGUGAGCUGAUUAGCAUUUUAAAAUAAAUAGUGCUUUUUAUAGAAACUGUUAUAGCUGUGCUAGCAAAAAACCUACUACGCAAAUCCACGUUUAUCAAAUGAAGCACGAUUGAUAAUCGUUUGUGUCAGCAAUAUGUAAUAUUUUUAUGUUUUUUUGUCUUUUUUCCCUCCCCUCCCUUUGCGUUUGUUAUCCACAUCCUGCACAUUUGCAAUAUCCGGUCCAUUUAUAUCUUACGUUCACGCACCCCUUUAAUUUGUUGUCAUAGCAACACGUCCGACAACAUUGAAGUGCAUCGUUCAGUAUUAGCCGCUAUCGGUUGUGGAUUGUAAGAUUUUAAGCAUUUUGUUUGGAAAUCUUCUUUUUUUUAUUUGCAAUUCUCAUUAAAGUCUUAUGUUAUUGAAAAAAGAGUAUUCGGUAUAGUUCACACAAAAUGUAACAUAAAUAUGUUAUCGCCCAUGAAUAAUCAAAAUCUGUAGAUGAUUGUUCUUUUGAUAAAAUCUGAGUAAGCAGAUAUAUAUUCUAAAUAAGUAUUAUGUUUUACAUAUUUUACACGUUGCAUGAUUUUGUGGCAUGGCCGAGUUGCAUAUAAUUGGCCAAGUUUCAUCAGCGAAGGAUUUUAAACAACCACGUUUGCUUUGCAAAUGGAACUUUUAUGUUGGUAAUGGUUGGAAAAUUAUAUCAGGGCAUGAAGAAGGACAAACGCAAGAGAGUUGCGAUCUCUAUACUAAUAAUCCAGUCUGGGAUCAUCCUAUAGACUUGCAUUACACAACUCAGACUUUACAAAACUCUCCGAAACUAUUGCUGCAAAUAUUUUGCAGAGAUAAUUACGGGAGGAUAUUAUUUCUUUCGUACGGAGUAUCCAGUGUUCCAUUGUCACCCGGUUUUCAUACUUUAGAAUGUCACACAUGGAAACCUAUUGGCAAUUGGAAAGACAAACUAUAUGACAAAUUUUUAGGGAAAACUUUACAAUUAAAAUCACCAAGCGUUUUAAUCAACACAGUAGAUAGAUUCGAAAUACUUACACAAAGUAUGGGAACAGUGAUCGUUCACUUGCAUAUCUUGGCAAAAAAUUUUGACAAAUUUGGAUGUCAGUUAUAUUUAAUCAACAUCAAUUGUUCUGCAGCAAUGUUUUUCUCGUUACUGCUAUUUCUAGCGUAUACCAAUGUGGUAUAUGUAACAAAAACUGAAGAUGAACUCAUCUGUGUAAAUGAUACAGAUUGCAGCGAAUCAAUAGAUUCCACUAUAUAUACUCAAAGUCCUAACGUUGACAAUCCAGUUUCAAAAGAUUCGUUAAACGAUACAGAAGAGGAUAAUUUAUACACUACCAUUCCUACAGAAACAACAUCUUCAAGAACAAAUUCCAAUGUAACAGAGCAAUCGGAACCGCAGUCAACUUCAACAAUAUCCUCACCAACUAUCACUAUGCCUCCAAAUAAUGAUAAAAUUCUCACACUCGAAAGAAGAGAAAUAUGCGAAUGUGAUUUGACUAAAUUUUCCUGUGAUAUCAAUUGCUGCUGCGACAUGGAUUGCAAUCAAUUUCAUCUAUCUGCCUUUUCACAUUGUCAAGAUCAUCAUGUGAAGCUUUACGAUAGUCGGUACUGCUACAAUCGAAAUUUCAUACAACGAAAUAAUACACCUUUUAUUCUUGAAAAACUUGGAAAUAAUUUAUUCUGCGUCGUGUAUGACAAUAUUCCAUCUACAUAUAGCAUUGACAACGACUUGAUGCUACAAAAUGAGAAAGAUCUGUGGAAAGUGUUAGAAAUAAAAAAAUACAAAUGGAGAAUAGAAAGUGGCGAAAUAUCGCCAAAGUAUAAUUUGUCUAAAUAUUAUCAGCAUGGCGAUUUAUUGUGGAAAUUAAGUAACAAAUCCAUUGAAUCAAUAGAGUUUUUACAAUCUGGAUUUACUGGAGUUUGCUCGUUUAAAAAGACUUUGAAAUAUUUGGAAAAUUGGAAAGGCACAUGUAUACAAAAUGAAUUAACAGACGUUAAUCGAUAUCUGUACACUAUGACGUUCAGUAACUUUACCGUUAUUAGCUCGUUGCCGUUAUUUAAUGAGACAUUGAUUGCAAAACAGGCAUGUCCAAGCAACGUCUGUUUAACAGUGAAACCUCAUUACUGUUUGAAUUCAUUUUCUGCAUGCAAUGAAACCAGGAUACCAAGCUUUUGCGCAAACUCUACCUGCGUUAACAUCGUAAAGGGUUUAAAAUAUGUAAUCAGUCACAAUGGUUCUGCUGGUAUCAAUAGUAUCGAUGCGUAUUUUAAUAUGGGCAAUGCUUCUCAUGCAUUUCAUCAAUAUUUUGAAGUCCAAUACGAUUGGACAGAUUCGAAUAAAACAAAAGUUUUUGCUCGGAGUGGAAAUCCUGGCUAUGUGACAGGCAAACCAAUUAUUGUCGGCGCUCCUCGUGCCAAUGGAAGUGAUGAAAUUCUUUUCAACAGAACUAAUGGAUUUCUCACAUUACCCUUGGCUAAGAAAAAUGGAGAGUGCGACCAAGUCGACAGACAUAUCAUUGCAUUCGGUGAAGAUAUUAAGCUAAGAUGCUCCGCUAGAUUGUUCGUCAAAAAUUUUACCGCAUUGUCUUGCGCAAAAUUGCAAAAUCUGACUAUGAGUUUCUUAAUAAAAGAUUCCGUGCUAAAUGUGAGCCGGUAUUAUGUUUCCAAGCAGGGUAAUUUCACCAGCAAAUAUACGACUGACUGGUUGCGCAUCGCAUACGAUAGAAUACCACAAAGUGUUGUGACUGCACAUACAAUUGGAAAAGAAAUCCUGUGUUCAGGAUUGAUUACGUCCAUGCACUUGGAUGUCAUUUAUUCAACAUUAUCGAAGCCUAAAACUGUGACCAAUUAUAAAAUAUUGGGCAUUGGCAUUACGUUCAGCAAAGAAGAGGAUAUUAGUUGGCCAAAAUGCACAUUAAAAAAUUGCACAGAUGUCCUCCACGUGGAUAUUAUUUCUUAUGUCAAUUUUCAUGAUGUUUCUAAGCCGUCCAAAUACCGUUUUGUCGGGGGAUCUAAUUUAGAUAUCACAUUGCCUUACGAUUUCUUUUAUCCUUUUCUAAAUAACUCUAAAAAAGUGGAAGAUCGACUGAAGGAUCGACCGAAGGAUCGACCGAAGGAUCGAUCGAAGAAUCGAUCGAAGAAUCGACCGCAGAAUCAACCUGCUUGUGGCGGAUCAGAGCGGGACUACAUUACUAUGUAG